AUGCCUAUCACAGGGGUAUACUUCAUCCCAUCAAAUCCCAAUGCCUCAACAGGGCUGGCGACCGUCACCGAACGCCUGCACACAGCCUUAGCAGAGGAACCAACAUUAGUAGGUCGUUGGUUCUUAGAACACAGGCUAAUGCGAGAUACACCAUCAUGUGUUCCUGCCUCAGCCUCCCAACGACAAGUGCAACCGCGCUACAUGCAAUUCCUUUCACUAUCUUUCCACGCAAACCAUGGCUUCAUCUACACCUCUGAGGCGCUCGAGAAAGGUGGACACCACCGCCCGACCCCCUCUACAGCCGGAGCACCGGCCAAUCCUACUCCAAUGGGAGCUCCAGGCCCAACACCAGUGCCUCCCACUUCCUCUGCCGCAGCGCAGCAAUCCCAGUCCGGAGGCCCGAUGGUAAUGACCACGGUGCCACUUCCAUCCUGCAACUCUCUCUUCCAGCAUUUCUGCUACGCCUGCCAGCCUUUCUGGUGCCAUCGACACACGACGACCGUGCCGGGUGGUGCGGUCUACGAUGUGGGUGAUUUCCGGGUCCGAGUCGGGGAUGUGCGACAAACGCAACCAGCAGCGAGGGUUCGGGGGACUGUUGUCCAGAUUGAGUGGCGCGGUCCGUCUGUAGUGGAUUCACUUUCAGCGCAUGGUCUGGCUAGGAAGCAGGGGGGUGGGCAAAUAGCUGAUGAUGACUCCGCAAUUGAUAUGGCAUUCCCGGAUGCUAUUGAGGAUGCGGAUAUCGAUGCCGAAUAUGCGGCGAGUGCCGCGUUGAUUCGGGAGUUCUGGGCCCGGCUGGGCAUCGAUGGAGCCAGGGAAGCGAUUCUGCUGCCGGAUGUGGGGAAGGAGGCCAAGAAUCGUUUGAGAAGGUUGAAGCAAAAAGGCUCGCAGGCUGUCUUCGAUGAUAAGGGUUUGCAGCAGGUGGAGGAGGAUCCCGAUCCGGAUGCGGGGGUGGAUGUGGCAAGGCAAUUUAUGGAGAUCCUUAGGUUUAAUCGGUGA